AUGUGUACCAGCCUGACCACUUGCGAGUGGAAGAAAGUCUUCUAUGAGAAGAUGGAGGUGGCCAAGCCGGCCGACAGCUGGGAGCUCAUCAUAGACCCCAACCUCAAGCCCAGUGAGCUGGCCCCCGGCUGGAAGCAGUACCUGGAGCAGCACGCCUCGGGCAGGUUCCACUGCUCCUGGUGCUGGCACACCUGGCAGUCGCCCCAUGUGGUCAUCCUCUUCCACAUGCACCUGGACCGCGCCCAGCGGGUGGGCUCGGUGCGCAUGCGCGUCUUCAAGCAGCUGUGCUACGAGUGCGGCGCGGCGCGGCCGGACGAGUGGAGCAUGCUGGAGGAGAACAUCGAGAGCCUGGUGGACAACCUCAUCACCAGCCUGCGCGAGCAGUGCUACGGGGAGUGCGGCGGCCAGUACCGCAUCCACGUGGCCAGCCGCCAAGACAACCGGCGGCACCGCGGCGAGUUCUGCGAGGCCUGCCAGGAGGGCAUCGUGCACUGGAAGCCCAGCGAGAAGCUGCUGGAGGAGGAGGCGACCUUCUCCGGUGCCUCCAAGCCACGGGCCCAGGAGGCAUCGGGCUACAACUUCUUCUCCCUUCGCUGGGGCCUCUUCUGGGCCUCACUCUGCCUGCUCAUUGUCUACCUGCAGUUCUCCUUCCGAAGCUCGACCUUCCUUUAG